AUGGUGACUAUCGUUGCACGGGGUUGGCCACUAAAGGGCCACGGGGAAAAUGGCCACCGCAGACAGAGAGUCCAGGGAAGUAUUCAUUAGUGCAGAAGUUCAGGUAGUCCCUCCUUGUUUCAGGUUGUUUGCUUCCUUUUGGGUCCUAGUAAACACAACCCAGCUAAUAAAGCACCCAAUUGCCACCGGGUCUCCCCAAAAUAACUGUGUCUAAAAUGGCACACUAUUCCCUUUAUAGUGCACUACUUAUACAAAUCAUACUUUUACGAUGACUUUAAUUAAUAGGUAUAGAUGUCUUUUAGUGAUGGAGGGUAAACACAUAUGAGUAUAUCCCCAGAUCAGAGUAGAGCUAGAGCAUAAGCUGCAGUAAGACAGCACAUGGACACAGACACAUUCUGAUAAUACUGCUAGCGAGAGCAUGCUAUACCUUUGAAAUGUACUUGAAUUGAGAUGUUAAAGCCAUGGUUACUGGCAUUUUGUUGGUUGCUAUUCGUUGUUGUAGGGUGAAGUGGCCUCUAGACGCUGAUCUUGGGUCAGUUUAGCAUUUUCUCCACUAUGCAAAAUGCAUCAUCAUGAUGAUGUAGCAAGUGACACUGUGCUUCUUGAAAGCCCAAUAUCUUGAAAACUUUGACUGCUGACAUGCAAAACAUUUCGGGACUGUAUUAACAGUGGACAUAAAAACACAUUUAAUCCGUUAAGGUUAGGAUUGGGGAGGGGAAGCUGAUCCUAGAUAUGUACCUAGGGGAAACUUCACCCCAGAGUCGAUUUCAGAUAUCCAGAGAAUAAAUGGAUGUAAAGCGUUUUGUCCAGCGUCUAUAUGCUUCUGUUAUUGUUAGUGCAUGUGAUUGUGAUGCUAGUCUAUAGGUUAGAGCUGCUCUGCCCAUUACAGUUCAAUUCAUGGGUAAUUCUUGCUUUUGACCACAUGGGGGCACUAGUCCAUGUGACUGAAUUGUUAAACUUGUUACAACACGAUUAGAGGCGAGCCAGGGUUGCACGUUUGAAUCCCACGACUGACAGAGGUACUUCUGACAGGAUUUCAGGUGCCACUUACUGCCGUUGUGCCCUUGAGCAAGGCAUCUAAUGCCAAACCCACCCCAGGGGCACUGUAAUGCAGCUUACCGUGUGCUGCUCCCAGCACUGUUGCGUGUUUACAGUAUGUUUCUGUUUGGUGCUGUGUCAGCAUAAAUAUCUAUUCUAUUCUAAAUAACUAUUCUAUUUUCUUCAAUUCUCUUAUAUUCUGUGUACAGUGGUAUUCUCUAUUGUGACUGAACAGCACUUCUCUCUCCUGUUGUACAAUAGACCCAGACAGUGUCUCAUAGUGUGUGCUUGAUAAUGGUUGCAUCCGAAAUAGCACCCUAUUCCUUUUAUAUGGCGCCCUGGUUAAGAGUAGUGCACUGUAAUCUAGAAUCGGCUUCCUAUUUCGCAACAAAGCCUCCUUCACUCAUGCUGCCAAACAUGCCCUCGUAAAACUGACUAUCCUACUGAUCCUUGACUUCGGCGAUGUCAUUUACAAAAUAGCUUCCAACACUCUACUCAGCAAAUUGGAUGUAGUCUAUCACAGUGCCAUCCGUUUUGUCACCAAAGCCCCAUAUACUACCCACCAUUGUGACCUGUACGCUCUUGUUGGCUGGUCCUCACUACAUAUUCGUCGCCAAACCCACUGGCUCCAGGCCAUCUAUAAAUCACUGCUAGGCAAAUCUCCGCCUUAUCUUAGCUCAUUGGUCACCAUAGCAACACCCACCCGUAGUAUGCGUUCCAGCAGGUAUAUCUCACUGGUCAUCCCCAAAGCCAACACCUCCUUUGGCCGCCAUUCCUUCCAGUUCUCUGCUGCCAAUGACUGGAACGAACUGCAAAAAUCUCUGAAGCUGGAGACUCUUAUCUCCCUCACUAACUUUAAGCAUCAGUUGUCAGAGCACCUUACCGAUCACUGCACCUGUACACAGCCCUUCUGAAAUUAGCCCACUCAACUACCUCAUCCCCAUAUUGUUAUUUAUUUUGCUCAUUUGCACCCAAGUAUCUCUAUUUGCACAUCAUCUCUUUCACAUCUAUCAUUCCAGUGUUAAUACUAAUUGUAAUUAUUUUGCACUAUGGCCUAUUUAUUGCCUUACCUCCAUAACUUGCUACAUUUGCACACACUGUAUAUAUAUUUUCUGUUCUAUUUUUGACUUUAUGUUUUGUUUUACCCCAUAUGUAACUCUGUGUUGUGUUUUUAUCGCACUGCUUUGCUUUAUCUUGGCCAGGUCGCAGUUGUAAAUGAGAACUUGUUCUCAACUGGCUUACCUGGUUAAAUAAAGGUGAAAUAAAAUAACAAAUAAAAGGAAUAGGAUGCCAUUUGGGACACAUCUUAUGACUCAUGGGCUCUACUGUCCCAGUCACAUAUUGUACUGUGACAUUGUGGCUCAAAUGUUAAGAUGUGUCACUCAAACCUCAAACAGAGUACUACCUCCUCUUUUCACAAGGGGAUUCUGUCUGUGCCUGUGCAUGAGCGCCCACUCUGUGCCUGGGUAGAAGUCGCCUCUAGACACAGAUCUAGGGUCAGAUUACUCUCCCCCAAAUCCUAACCACAACCAUUUAGGGUAAAAACGGAUCAUAAAUCAGCAUCUAGAGGCAUCUUCACUCUACUCUGUGUGGUCUAUGUGGGCGCCAACCAUGGUUGGGGUCAAUUCCGUUUUAAUUAAACUAUUCCAGGAGGUAAAGUGAUAUUUUGUCAACUGAAAAAAGGUAACAUUGGGAUUGGAAUUUCAGUUUAUUGAAUUGAAUUGAAAUGGAAAUCAACCCCAACCCUGGUGCCCACCCUACUCUCCCAGCAUGCAAUGGUUCUGGACAGAGCGGACCCUUGAAGCAGAUCUAGGAUCGGCUAACCCCCUCCCAAAUAUUAACCAGCCAUUGGUGGGGAAAAUGCAAAACUGACCUUAGAUCAGCAUUGGGUCUGAUCAGGGUGAAGCUAGCUGCCCAGUGUUCUGUGCUGUUCCCUGACAUGUCCCAGAGCACCACUUCCUUAGGAAAACAUUCCACUGACACCGUCUGCACCACACUGCUAUGCUGUUGUUGCUGUGGGCUCACAUACACAAACCCUCUCACAUGGACACCACACACUUAUUCACUAAGUCUAAGAUAUGCUAUGCACACAUAAUACAAACACAUGCUGUGCUCAUUCGGAUAUGCUACACUGAACAAAAAUAUAAACGCAACAUGUAAAGUGUUGGUCCCAUGUUUCAUGAGAUGAAAUAAAAGAUCCCAGAAAAUGUCAAUAAGCACAAAAAGCUUAUUUCUCUCAGAUUUUGUAUUCAUCCCCGUUAGUGAGCAUUUCUCCUUUGUCAAGAGAAUCCAUCCAGCUGAAAGGUGUGGCAUAUCAAGAAGCUGAUUAAACAGCAUGAUCAUUACACAGGUGCACCUUGUGCUGGGGACAAAUGUAAUAAAAGGCCACCUAACACAAUGCCACAGAUGUCUCAAGUUUUGUUGGAGCGUGCAAUUGGCAUGCUGACUGCAGGAAUGUCCACCAGAGCUGUUGCCAGAGAAUAUGAUCAUCAUUUUUUUUGCCAUAAGCCGCCUCCAACGUCGUUUUAGAGAAUUUGGCAGUACGUCCAACCAGCCUCACAACAGCAGACCAUUUGUAACCAUGCCAGCCCAGGACCUCUACACAACCAGUCAAAAGUUUUAGAACAUCUACUCAUUCAAGGGUUUUUCUUUAUUUUUACUAUUUUCUAUAUUGUAGAAUAAUAGUGAAGACAUCAAAACUAUGAAAUAACACAUAUGGAAUCAUGUAGUAACCAAAAAAGUGUUAAACAAAUCAAAAUAUAUUUUAUAUUUGAGAUUCUUCAAAUAGCCACCCUUUGCCUUGAUGACAGCUUUGCACACUCUUGGCAUUCUCUCAACCAGCUUCAUGAGGUAGUGACCUGGAAUGCAUUUCAAUUAACAGGUAUGCCUUCUUAAAAGUUAAUUUGUUGAUUUUCUUUCCUUCUUAAUGCGUUUUAGCCAAUAAGUUGUGUUGUGACAAGGUAGGGGCGGUAUACAGAAGAUAGCCCUAUUUGGUAAAAGACCAAGUCCAUAUUAUGGCAAGAACAGCUCAAAUAAGCAAAGAGAAAUGACAGUCCUUCAUUACUUUAAGACAUGAAGGUCAGUCAAUACGGAACAUUUCAAGAACUUUGAACGUUUCAUCAAGUGCAGUCGCAAAAACCAUCAAGCGCUAUGAUGAAACUGUCUCUCAUGAGGACCGCCAUAGGAAUGGAAGACCCAGAGUUUACUCUGCUGCAGAGGAUAAGUUCAUUAGAGUUACCAGCCUCAGAAAUAGCAUCCCAAAUAAGUGCUUCACAGAGUUCAAGUAACAGACACAUCUUAACAUCAACUGUUCAGAGGAGACUGUGUGAAUCAGGCCUUCAUGGUCAAAUUGCUGCAAAGAAACCACUACUAAAGGACACCGAUAAUAAGAAGAGACCUGCUUGGGCCAAGAAACAUGAGCAAUGGACAUUAGGCCGGUGGAUAUGUGUCUUUUGUCCAAAUUUGAGAUUUUUGGUUGCAACCGUCAUGUCUUUGUGAGACGCGGUGUUGGUGAACGGAUGAUCUCUGCAUGAAUAUUUCCCACCGUAAACCAUGGAGUAGGAGGUGUUAUGGUGUGGGGGUGCUUUGCUGGUGACACUGUCUGUGAUUUAUUUAGAAUUCAAGGCACACUUAACCAGCAUGGCUACCACAGCAUUCUGCAGUGAUACGCCAUCCCAUCUGGUUUGGGAUUAGUGGGACAAUCAUUUGUUUUUCAACAGGACAAUGACCCAACACACUUCCAGGCUGUGUAAGGGCUAUUUUACAAAGGAGAGUAAUGGAGUGCUGCAUCAGAUGACCUGGCCUCCACAAUCCCCCGACCUCAACCAAAUUGGGAUGGUUUGGGAUGAGUUGGACCGCAGAGUGAAGGAAAAGCAGCCAACAAGUGCUCAGCAUAUGUGGGAACUCCUUCAAGACUGUUGGAAAAGCAUUUCAGGUGAAGCUGGUUGAGAGAACGCCAAAAGUGUGCAAAGCUGUCAUCAAGGCAAAGGAUGGCUAUUUGAAGAAUCUGAAAUAUAAAAUAUAUUUUGAUUUGUUUAACACUUUUUUUGUUACUACAUGAUUCCAUAUGUGUUAUUUCAUAGUUUUGAUGUCUUCACUAUUAUUCUACAAUGUAGAAAAUAGUAAAAAUAAAGAAAAACCCUUGAAUGAGUAGGUGUUCUAAAACUUUUGACCAGUAGUGUACAUCCGGCUUCUUCACCUGCGGGAUCAUCUGAGACCAGCCACCUGGACAGCUGAUGAAACUGAGGAGUAUUUCUGUCUGUAAUAAAGCCCUUUUGUGGGGGGAAAAACAUUCUGAUUGGUUGGGCCUGCCUCUCAAGUGGGUGGGCCUAUGACUGCGCCCCUGUCCAGUCAUUUUAUUUAAAUUGACUGAUUUCCUUUUAUGAACUGUAACUCAGCAAAAUCAUUGAAAUUGUUGCAUGUUGUGUUUUUGUUCAGUAUAAUAAUAUAAUAAUAAUAUGCCAUUUAGCAGACGCUUUUAUCCAAAGCGACUUACAGUCAUGCGUGCAUACAUUUUUGUGUAUGGGUGGUCCCGGGGAUCGAACCCACUAUCUUGGCGUUACAAGCGCCGUGCUCUACCAGCUGAGCUACAGAGGACCAACAAAAGACAGAAAUGUAUGUACAACGCACACAGGAACGCACGCACGCAGGCACACGCACGCGCUACAUACACACACACCUACACAGCAAAUUGGCCAGUGUUACCUAGUGUUGAUUUUCCAGUGUAACAUUUCUAGUGUUGAUUCAGGAGUUAAAUGAACUCUGUAAGUGUUAAAUUAACACUCAGUGGUGUUAUCCGGGGUCACGCCAAGGUUCUUUGCACUCUGGGAGGGGGACACCGUGAAGUUGUCAACCGUGAUGGAGAGGUCUUGGAGCGGGCAGGCCUUCCCCAGGAGGAAGAGCAGCUCCGUCUUGUCAAGGGUGAGCUUAAGGUGAGAUCCAAGCUGAGAUAUCUGCCAGGCACACAGCGAUGCGUGAUGCCACCUGGGUGUCAAAAGGGGGAGGCGGAGAAAAGUAGUUGAGUGUCAUCCGCAUAGUAGUGAUAGGAGAGACCAUGUGAGGAUAUGACGGAACCGAGUGACUUGGUGUAUAGAGAGAAGAGGAGGCCUAGAACCGAGCCCUUGGGGACAUCAGUAGUGAGAGCACGUGAUGCAGACACAGAUCCUCUCCACGUCACCUGGUAGGAGCGACCUGCCAGUACGGAUGCAAUCCAGGAGUGUGCAGAGCCUGAGACACCCAGCCCUGAGAGGCACGAAACACAUUGUCAUAUGUGCACAAUAUGCAGGUGUGUACCACACAAGCACACAUGGGCACCACACACUCACAAUUCAAAACACACUUAGCAAUAUGGAGUUAAAAUGAACACCGUAUUGAAUUAUAAACUGGGUGGUUCGAGCCCUGAAUGGUGAUUGGCUGAAAGCCGUGGUAUUUCAGACCGUAUACCACGGAUAUGACAAAACCUUUAUUUUUACUGCUCUAAUUACGUUGGUAAGCAGUUUAUAAUAGCAGUAAGUAUACAUCAGCAUAAAGCAUGCGUUCUGUAGAAUGUGAAAACAAUGAAACAUUGGAAUAAAAUGGAGAGAAGAAAAGAAAGAGAGAGGCUGAUUUGAAGGGAGGGAGGCAGAAGGUGUAUUUAGAAACAGAGGAGACGAGGAAGGGGCAGUUCACUGGAGAAGUCCAAACAGAAAAGUUGGGAAGAGAGAGCGAGAGCGAGAGAACGAGAGAGAGAGAGGAAAGCUUACAGACAAACAAUGAGCGACAGACACCGGACGAGAAGAGAAGGACAGACUGAGUGAGUGGAGGAUUUUCAGAGCCAGUGAGCUGGAAAAGAGAAGUGGACAACCACUGUGCCCCUGAAAAGAGAAGAAGGGAGGGAGGAGGGCUGUGAAGACAGAAGGAGAGAAAGAGGUGAGAUGGAAGGGUCUGCAAAAGGUUGAGCGACCGAAAUAGCUCAUGGACCGUGGACAGUUUUGUAACUGUAGUGAGAUUUGAGGAGACUAUAAAGCAUGUACCUGAGGUACAGAGUAGUGUAUGUUUUGGUUUGACCACAUGCAGUCCUAGAAAAUGGAGAUACAAUUCUGUGAAAGAGGUGGACUAUUUUGAACUUUGAAGUUUUAGAAGGAGGGAAGAAAUGACGUAUGAGGAGGACGAGAGACGGGGAUUACAAAGCAAUAAGUCACUUGGAGGAAAAAAUGGAGGCAUCUUUUUUCACACAUUAACACAGUCCUCCAUCUACUGUAAUAUUGCAGACACUGCAUUUGGACAGAAGUAGAGAGAGAGCGAGGGAGAGAAGGGACGCACCAAAAAAGGGCUGGAGUUAGAGUCGGAGUAACUGCAUGCUUAACAGACACUGUAGAGCCACGGGGAGAGAAGAAUAAGGGGGUGGAGAGACAGAGAGAGAGGCAGAGAGACAGACAGAGAGACAGAGAGAGAGGCAGAGACAGACAGACAGACAGACAGACAGAGAGAGAGAGAGAGAGAGAGAGAGAGAGAGAGAGAGAGAGAGAGAGAGAGAGGCAGAGACACAGAGAGAGAGAGAGAGAGAGAGAGAGGCAGAGAGACAGACAGAGAGAGAGAGGCAGAGACAGACAGACAGAGAGACAGAGAGAGAGAGAGAGGCAGAGAGACAGACAGACAGAGAGAGAGGCAGAGACAGACAGACAGACAGACAGACAGACAGACAGACAGACAGACAGACAGACAGACAGACAGACAGACAGACAGACAGACAGAGAGGCAGACAGACAGACAGAGAGGCAGACAGACAGACAGAGAGGCAGACAGACAGAGGAACAUAAAUAAAUGGUAGAAGAGAGACGAAAACAGAGACCAAGAGAGGAGGGCAAAGGGAGAGAGACACACACAUAUUUCAGCUGGUGUAAGCCCACCAGCAGUCACACACACCCCCACACACACACACACUGUACAGAGUGAAGGACGGACAGAUGACAAGGGAGUUGCGAGGUGCACAGAACAAAGAUAGACGGAUCGAGAGAGAGAGAGAGAGAGAGGGAGAAAGAGAGAUAGAGUGACAGAGACAGGGAGGAAGAGCGAGAGAGGGAGGGCACUGUAAACUACAGGAAGCCCCAGUGUCAAACAAACAGGGGACAGUGGCUAGAAGAGCUCCACUCCAGAACCAGCCACCAGCCUCCAGUCUCCAUGGACUCCAGGGAGUCGCAGCGCCGCUGAACCCAGGCCCUCCUCUGCUGGACAGCAUGUCGGCAGGCCCGGGACCUCGUGACUUAGACCUACUGCUGUUGGAUCUCCAGGCCCCAGGGCCGGUUGGACUGCAGACACUGUUGGACCUGCUAGUGGGGGUGUACCAAGAGUUCCGCUCCUCACCCCUUGCCAGGGAGAAGUACGUCUCGGGCUUCCUGCAAUGGGGUCAGUGCCUUACUUGGAAAAGCUUUACUGUGUGUGUGUGUGUGUGUGUGUGUGUGUGCAAAGGUCACCCAUGGCAAUGAACUCUUAAUAAAGUCCUACAUACUGUAUGCUGUAACAUAUGGUGAAUGAUUCCACAUAUGGCUAUACAUGUCCCAGUAUAUACAUUGUUCCUCCUCCCUACCUUGAAGUAAUCACUGAUCUGACACAAUGGAUAGGGUUCCACCGCAUCGCCUCCACUAGUCUAUAUCAUGUCAGAUCAGUGCUUACAGUAUACUUAGUUUCUCCUGUGCUCUUUUGAAUGAACUCUCAGUGUACAACAUUUCAAAAUACUUCAUAAAUAUCUGACGGGAGUGAGUGAGUGAGUGUGUGUGUGUGUGUGUAUGUGUGUGUAUUUACUGGUGAGGGUCUAAAACCUGCCUGUGUUUGAACUUGCUUACCCAGCAGGCCUAAUGGGUGGAGUUUGCACUUUUGGUAUUAUCCAUUGGUUUCUUUGCUCCGUGUAAACUAAAUGAAGCACACCUAAAGUAUUUGAAAGAAAACACAUUUGUUGCAUUGAUGCAAAAGGAAGACAAGAUAUGAACACUCUUUUUGUACCUUGCUUGUCACAUUGUGUUUUCACAACAUCACAACUCCCCCAUGAGUCCUUAUUCAGUCCCGUCCUCCUGUCAGUGUGUAUGGAAACGCUGAAAUGUGCAUAUGAGACAUAGCAACCCAGUGACACACACCACUCAGCACAAUAAAACAGCUUCUCUUCUCCCUUUAUGGCUAAACGGGUGUACAUGGGAGGAAAGGUCUCUGUACUGUGUUUCACAGGGCAAUGACACACACACAGACUUACUGUAUGGUAUGAUGACUACAUUGCUGCAUCAUUGCUCAUACGGCUCUGUGUGUGGGGGAUGGAGGGGUGUAUGUUGGGGCGAGGGGUGUGGGGGGGGGGGGGGGGUAAGGGGUGUGUGUGUGUGGGGUUCAAGGGUUGCGUAUGUGGGGGUUGAGCGUUGCGUGUGGGGGCGAGGGGUGAAUGUGUAUACGUGUGUGUGAAUGUGUCUACGUGUGUGUGCUUGUGUGAGUGUGUGCGUGUGUGUGCAUGUGUGUGUGCGUUCUCACUUCCAGAUCAAAAAUAGCCACGAUGAUUUCACUUCAUCCAACAACCCCCAUUCAGACAUCAUACAUCCAUCUUGCCAAUGAUGUGUAUGCAGUGUUGUAUUGCAAUGGGCUGUGUCGUGAACAUAGAGCACGGUGUGCUCAGCUUGUGUUUGUUUGUGUAUGCGUAGGUGUGACUGUAUUUGAAUUAGCAAUGUACCACAUUGUACAAUCUAAUGUGUAGUCUGAAAUGUCCUUAUAGUAGAAGACUGCAGUGCAGACACAAGGUUGUGUAAGCCAACACCCCUCUGUUAACCCUCUGCCAGCCCUUGUGAGCCCACGGGAUAAUUCAGCUGGUGUCAGCCUGUUAACGCACACACACGAGCACACGUGCACACGCACACACACGCGCGCGCACACACACACACGCUCGCACACACACACACACACACACACACAAACAUGUGCACACACACACGCUCGCACACACACACACACACACACACAAACAUGUGCACACACACACGCACGCGCACACGCGCGCACACACACACACACACACACACACACACACACACACUGUACAGUAGGAAAUCACAGGACUGUUGACUGACUGCCCCUUAAGCUACUAACCUGUUUUAUUGGGAACAUUGGCUCCUCUGUUGGACAUGGACUAUGUGACAAGAACUACUCACAUCCUCCCGCCUCUCUUUUCAACCCUUCAACCUUUAUCUCUGUCUUCUCUCUCCAUCUCUCUGGCUUUUGUCACCCAUGGCAAUGAACUCUUAAUAAAGUCCUACAUACUGUAUGCUGUAACAUAUGGUGAAUGAUUCCACAUAUGGCUAUACAUGUCCCAGUAUAUACAUUGUUCCUCCUCCCUACCUUGAAGUAAUCACUGAUCUCACACAAUAGAUAGGGUUCCACCGCAUCGCCUCCACUAGUCUAUAUCAUGUCAGAUCAGUGCUUACAGUAUACUUAGUUUCUCCUGUGCUCUUUUGAAUGAACUCUCAGUGUACAAUAUUUUAAAAUACUUCAUAAAUAUGUGAUGGGAGUGAGUGAGUGAGUGAGUGUGUGUGUGUGUGUGGUUGUGUGUGCGUGCACACGAAAUUGUGUGUUUGUGUGUGUGUGGGUCCACAUGCUUCCGUGUGUGUGCGAUUUAGUCCAGUGUCCGAGGGGUAUCAAAUGUCACAGUGAUGGAGGUUCCUAUUUUGGUCUGAGCAUGUGUCCAGUCUCGCUGAGGGAUGAGGGUACAUUACAGUCACAGGAGGCUGCUGAGGGGAGGACGGCUCACAAUAAUGCGUAGGAACGGAGCAAAUGGAAUGGCAUCAAACACCUGGAAACCAUGUGUUUGAUGUAUUUGAUACCAUUCCACCAAUUCCGCUCCAGUCAUUAACAUGAGCCCAUUCUCAGCAAUGAAGGUGCCACAAACCUCCUGUGAUUACAGUGUUGGAUGUGGAACGAUGACCAGUGAUGCAGCAGGUUAGCUUAGAGUAGGCUGAGUGGUUUAGAUCUCGUUAAUCUCCGCUUAACACAGUCAGCAAGGAUGAAACUGGCAUCAGAGUGUCAAGGAAACCCUAUUAUCUGUCAACGGUUUAUACCUUAGAGGCUUUCUCUGUCUGGACAACUAUGUUUUGCAAUAAUGAAGUUUCACGUGACUGACUGACUGACUGACUGACUGACUGACUGACUGACUGACUGACUGACUGACUGACUGACUGACUGACUGUCUGUCUGUCUGUCUGUCUGUCUGUCUGUCUGUCUGUCUGUCUGUCUGUCUGUCUGUCUGUCUGUCUGUCUGUCUGUCUGUCUGUCUGUCUGUCUGUCUGUCGUCUGUCUGUUCUGUCUCUGUCUAGCGCGCGCGCGCGCGCGCGGAGCGCCGCGCGCGCGCGCAGACGCGCGCCGCGAGGCGCGGCGGCGAGCGCGGCGGGGAGCGCGCAGCGCGGCGCAGCGCGAACGCGAACGGCGAACGCGAACGCGACGCGCGCGCGCAGCGACGCGACGCGAACGAGACGGCGGGCGCGGCGCAGAGACGCGACGCGCGCGCCGCGGCGAGCUGCGCGGCGCGCGCGCGCGCGAGCGCGGAGCGCGCGCGAGCCGAACCGAACGCGAAAGAACGCGAAAACGAACCGAGCAAACGUAACGCGCGCUGAGCGCAGAGCGCGAGAACGGCUCUGGCUGCGAGCCCGGAGCGAGGCGUAGCGCACGGCGUAGCGCGCAUGUCCGAGGAGCCGUAUCUCGUCUCUCCUCUCUCUCAUAACUCUAACUCUACUAACUCUCGAGACUAGCUCUGCCGUAACUACUCUGUCGACGCUCUAUCUCUCUCUCCUCGCUUCUCCUUCUUUCAUCUCUCUACUCUCUCUCUCUCUCUCUCUCUCUAUCCCAACCCAUCUCUCUGGUCUGGUCACUCCCUACAUGGCCUUAUAACAGGACGAGUGUUCGAUGGGGACAUGGCCAGAGUCAACAUGCACAGGAACAAGCUGUGGCUCCAAUAAUCUCCUUUUCCACAUUCAGACUUUUUCGCCCCAAAAAACAAGUGUCCGGUCCUGUUGGCACGUAGUUCAAGAGGACUAGAGCGAUGCGUGUCUAAGUCUGGGUUUUAUGUCUUAUUAGAGUCUAAUUCUCCUUUUGACCUAUCAGUGUAUAGACUGCAAGUAACGAGAGGGAAAACACAUAACAUAAUUUCUCCCGCUUUGAGGAUGCAACGUCAUGGUUGCCCACAAAUGUAUUACAUGAAUCAUGUAACAUGAUAUCCCACUGGGAAAAGACUGGCUGAAUCAACUUUGUUUCGAUGUCAUUUUAAUAUAUAUAUACAUUACCGUUAAAAAGUUUGGGGUCACUUAGACAUUUUCUUGUUAAAAUAACAUCAAAUUGAUCAGAAAUACAGUGUAGACAUUGUUAAUGUUGUAAAUGGCUAUUGUAGCUGGAAACUGCUGAUUUUUAUGGAAUAUCUACAUAAGCAUACAGAGGCCCAUUAUCAGCAACCAACAGUCCUGUGUUCCAAUGGCAUGUUGUGUUUGCUAAUCCAAGUUUAUCAUUUUAAAAGGUAAUUGAUCAUUAGAAAACUAUUUUGCAAUUAUGUUAACACAGCUGAAAACUGUUGUGCUGAUUAAAGAAGCAAUAAAACUGGCCUUCUUGAGACUAGUUGAGUAUCUUGAGCAUCAGCAAUUGUGGGUUCGAUUACAGGCUCAAAAUGGCCAGAAACAAAGAACUUUCUUCUGAAACCAUUUACAACAUUAACAAUGUCUACACUGUAUUUCUGAUCAAUUUGAUGUUAUUUUAAUGGACAAGAAAAUUGCUUUUCUUUCGAAAACAAGGAAAUUUCUAAGUGACCCCAAACUUUUGAACGGUAGUGUAUAUGUGACGACGUUGAAUCAACGUGGAAAACUGAUUGGAUUUGCAAAAAUUAAACGUAAGGGAAUUUCAUAUUUCUUUCACCCAACUUUUUAUCUAAAUUGUGACAUUUUUGGUUGAUUUCACGUUGAAUUCAAGUUAGUUGACAACUCAACCAAAUGUAAAUCAAAAAUAGAUGUUGAACUGAUGUCUGUGCCCAGUGGGAUAUCAUGGAAAGACCAUGUGUCAGCAGCUACAGAGGAGCUACGAGUAUUCAACCUGGGAUAGUUCCUCAUCCUCUGUAUGAUAUUGGUAUUUUGCAUUAUUAUACCAUCCCCCCAACAAUCUGGAUCUGUGUUAUAUGGUGCCAAAUAGAGGAGGGGGUGCAUUGAUGCUGCAAAAGUAAAAGGAUGCUGUGUGGAUGCUGUAAAAAAGUCACCUAACUUACCCAUCUGUCACUCCAGACUCUGGAGGGUUUACCUGACAUGACCCAACCUUGACUGGAGGGUUUACCUGAUGUGACCCAACCUUGACUGGAGGGUUUACCUGAUGUGACCCAACCUUGACUGGAGGGUUUACCUGAUGUGACCCAACCUUGACUGGAGGGUUUACCUGAUGUGACCCAACCUUGACAAGUCAGUUCCUCUACCUAUAGCAAUAGGCAUGACCCCCACCCCCUCCUCUGUCUCUCUCUUUUCCUCUCUCUGUCUCUUUCCAUCUCCCUGGAGGAAAGACAUGUCCAUUUAUGAGGCUGUGUGCUGGUUGGGCUGGUUGGCACUGUUCCAUCAUUAAAGGACUGGGGUAAACAACACAGGCGGGCAAGCAGAGGAGAGGAAAGACUCUCAACGUCCCCCCCCCCCCCCCACACACACACACACACCUCACCAUACUUUCCAUCAGGCCCUGUUCUCUGUCAACCAGUGGGUGUGGUGUGGUGUGGUGUGGUGUGGUGUGGUGUGGUGUGGUGUGGUGUGGUGUGGUGUGGUGUGGUGUGGUGUGGUGUGGUGUGGUGUGGUGUGUGUGGUGUGGUGUGGUGUGGUGUGUGUGGUGUGGGUGUGUGGGUGUGUGUGUGUGUGUGUGUGUGGUGUGUGUGUGUGUGUGUGUGUGUGUGUGUGUGUGUGUGUGUGUGUGUGUGUGUGUGUGUGUGUGUGUGUGUGUGUGUGUGUGUGUGUGUGUGUGUGUGUGUGUGUGUGUGAAACUUCACCCCCGGAGCCAUUCUCUGACAUGUAGAGAGAGGCUGGUGGGUUCCUACACUGUGAUUGAUUGAGCUUGCCUGGCACAAUGGAACCAAUACAAUAGUCCCAAAUGUGCAAACACCACCAAUCUGGUACUCUAGGCUGGCUAAAGCACAUGCCAGGUCUGAUGGCUGGGUUGCAGAAAUUGCCUUAUUCAUCUGGAGGGUCGCAAGAAAUGUGUUGAGGGUCCAAUGAAAACAGUUUUAGAUGGGUCACAGCAUGCAACGAUUUGGGAUCCACUAUUCUAGCGUGUUCCAAAGCAUUGAUAUGAGCUAAAGAGAUUAUGGUUUUGUACAGCGUCAAUAUUGGCUGUCCACAUUGUUGGUAUUGGUCCUGAUGAGAACCCUAGACAGAUUCCCCAAAUCUACAGUCACAUGCCAGUCAUAACAGCACCUGUGCACGAGCACAUCGCUCCAUUCUAAAAGUCUAUAAAGGAAGUUUAUGGCUGCGUCCCAAAUGGCACCCUAUUCCCUACAUAGUGCACUACUUUUGACCAGAGCCCUAUGGGCACUAUAUAUGGAAUAGGGUGCCAUUUGGGACUCAUUCAAGGAAGCCAAAGGACUCGGUUGUUUCUACAAGAUGCCUGAAAGGCUGAGUGGAUCUGGAAGCUUCUCUCUCUCCCCCCACUCCCCUUGGUCUCGCUCGCAUUCCUCCCCACAGGACAGGGGAGUGGAGAAAAAAAGAAAAUGAAGGGGCUGGAAAACUUGCCUUAAAAAAGUAUUAAAUGGUGGCAGCUAUUCUUAGACACACUCUUAGACUAUUUCAGACCACCAGUGUCUUAAAGGGGAACUGGCUGCUUGUUACCAUCAUAUGAGGAUACAUUUUUAGCAUGGUGGUCUAGCAGGAAUUGAACCCACAAUUCUGGCAUUUCAAACUUCAUGCUUCAUGCUCUACCAUCUGAGCCACAGUCUCUCCAACCACACACAAACAUACGUGUGUGUUAGCUGUUUCUGGGUUCUAUUUCAUGGGAGGCUGGUGACCCAUGACACUUGGAAGUGUUUGUUUGAAAAGUAAAAGGAAACAGACGGCUUUUGCCAGGAUGCCCGGAGGUCUUCUUGUUCACAGUGUGUGUGUGUGUGUGUGUGUGUGUGUGUGUGUGUGUGUGUGUGUGUGUGUGUGUGUGUGUGUGUGUGUGUGUGUGUGUGUGUGUGUGUGUGUGUGUGUGUGUGUGAGUGUAUGUUUGUGUGUGUGAUGACGGCCAUAUACAUAAACAAACACAGUGUCUAGCUUUAGUCCUUACUCCGGGCUUUUGGAGGACGUGUGUGUAUAAAAUAUAUUCUCCAUACAAAGGUUGACCCUGGUUAGCAUUCAUUUAUUUUCAAACACCCUCUUUCCUUUCUCGUCCAAUCAAAACUUCGUAUUUUCUCGUCAAAUCAACAGCCUCUCUGUCCUCUCUCCUCCAAUCACAGCGGAGCCCCUGGUGAGGCAGGUGAAGAAGACGCGCAUCAAGAGGGAUGACUUCCACAUCUUGAAGGUGAUUGGUCGAGGGACCUUCAGUGAGGUGAGAGGACACUGCCGAAAGUCAAGGUGCACUUUGGACAAUUUAAUCUUAUCUCCGUGGUGACGUGUGUGUUGCUGUAUUUAUAGGUGGCUGUGGCGAGGAUGCGUAGCACACAGCAAGUGUACGCCCUGAAGAUUAUGAAUAAGUGGGACAUGCUGAAGCGAGGAGAGGUAAACACACACACACAGGAACUUUCCCACUGGGCACAAACUGGUUGAAUCAACGUUGUUUCCACGUCAUUUCAACUACAAAAUAAUACGUGUGAUGACGUUGAAUCAACAUGGAAAACUGACUGGAUUUGCAACAUAAAGGAAUUUUAACCUAUGGUUGACCCUGUAAAACAACACAUUUCACUGCACUUAUCUGGUGUAUGUGACAAUAUUUUAUUAUUUUAUUAUUUUUAACCUAAAUCCAAUGACAUGGUUAAAAUGUUUCUUGUUUUCAUGUAGAAUUCGCGUUAGUUGACAACUCAAUCAAAUGUAAUUCAAAACUAGACAUUAAAAUUAAUAUGCCAUUUAGCAGACGCUUUUAUAAAAAAUAACAUCUGUCCUUAGUGGGUUUUACUAUUCACAUAACAACGGAUACAUUUUGUAUUAGAACCGACUUCUUUAUUGCUUCUUGCUUCUACUGUAAAACAACAUCGCAGCUAGCACAUAACGUUCUGGGAAUGUUGUCCUAUGGUUAUUUUGCAAUACACCCUUCCCACAACUUUUUGGAAAUGGUACAGGAUAGUUGCUUGGCUUUGGAACAAUCUCAGCAAAUUUAAGGACAUUUACAAAAUAACUUUAUUUUCUUGGUGUUUCAUUACAUUAACAGAACGUUUCCUAGAAGUUCAAACAUGGUUACAUUUAAUUACAUUUUUAGUAAUGUUCUCGGAACGUUCUCCAACUGGUUUGACAUUGGGAAUGUUCUCAAAUAGUUCAGAGAACGUUAAGAAACAACGUUCUUCUGUGGGAAUUUCAGUACUUUAGCGUAACGUUUCCUACAGGUUUCCUUAUAGUUCUAUUUAAAGUACUGUUCUCAAAUUGUUCCCUGAGGUGUGUUUGUCAAGGGCUACAACGAAACUGUGUACUCUUGGGGAUGCUGAGGACCAGGUUUGGGAAACACUACCUUAGGACACAUGGAAAUUAAUUUGCAAUCUAUGGCUGGAGUUCAAAACAGUUAACCCAAACAGUGUUAUUAAAAAUCUUAUUGAAACAUGUUCUCAGAACGUUAUUUAAUUACCUUCAAAUAACCUAUAAUUUCUGUUCUCAGAACAUUAAUAAAACCUCCCAGGAAAACGUUCAGGGAACCAUAGUAAAACGUUCUCAGAACCUCCCAGCAACCAAAAAAUGAACGUACCCAGAACAGGUGAAAUGUUCACUUCCGUUCUCAGAACGUUCCGUUUUACCGGUCAGGAAACGUAUGGCUUCAUUCCCAGAACCAAUGGGAAACCAAAAAAACGUACUUUCCCACAACUUCCAAGGAACCAAAUGUGCUAGCUGGAAUGUGAGGCCAUCUGUCUCUCUGUGUUGCAUCUCUGUGUGUCUGUGUGUGUCCUGUAGACAGCUUGUUACCAGGAGGAGAGAGAGGUUCUGCUGAAGGGUGAUCGACGGUGGAUCACAGAGCUGCACUAUGCCUUCCAGGACGACAAUUACCUGGUGGGUAUCAGUGACAAAUCGCCAAUAUCAGGGUAAUUUCGGCCUUCACAUCUGACUGCAGUCUACCUGGAGUGAUUCAGUCACAUCCCUCAGUUUCUUUCCCUCGAAAUACACCAUGGGGUAAUACAUUUCAUCUCUCUUUCUCUUCAUGUUGUCUUCUUCACUGCCACCAUCUCCCUCCUUUUACAUUCUCUCUCUCUCUCUCUCUCUCUCUCUCUCUCUCUCUCUCUCUCUCUCUCUCUCUCUCUCUCUCUCUCUCUCUCUCUCUCUCUCUCUAUCUCUCUCGCUCUCGCUCUCUCUAUCUCUCUCGCUCUCACUCUGUCUCACUCUCGCUCUCUCAGUACCUGGUGAUGGACUACUACGUGGGUGGUGACCUGUUGACCCUGCUCAGUAAGUUUGGCGACCGUAUCCCUGAGGACAUGGCCCAGUUCUACUUGGCUGAGAUGGUCAUGGCCAUCGACUCCAUCCACAGGAUGGGCUAUGUGCACAGGUUAGUUGGUCAGAGACACCCGGCAACAUGACAACCUCCAGCAAACAAUUUGUGGUGUUCCUAGAAUACCGCCCUAAUGUUCAGAAUUUUUUUCUGGAAUACAUUUUCAAAGAAAACGGGGAACACUGUUCCUUACUUUGGAGCACCUACAAGGGAGGUUCCGAGAAUGUUUGUUGACUCUGGAAUGGAUGAAUAAAUAAGAUUAACAGAACUUGAGAACUCUCUUUUUUGAGUGUGGACCAUCUACUGCAUCUACUGGUUUAAUUUUGGUCCAUCCAGUGUAGAACCAUGGGAACGUUAGCUAUGAAAUCCCAUAUAGAUGACCUGGCAACAGGAAGAAUAAUGUUCAGACCUGUGAAUGCGCAUAGUCAGAUUUGCAUCCUUCACUCUCCCCUCUGCAGGGACAUCAAACCUGACAACAUCAUGCUGACGGCAGAGGGCCACGUCAGACUGGGGGACUUUGGUUCCUGUCUGAGGGUCCAAGAGGAUGGCAUGGUGAGAGGCCCCAAAGGGCCACAAAACACUCACAAUUCACUCCACAAUACUGUUGUGUAAAAGUAACAGACUGGGUAUCGAACCUGGGUCUACUGUGAGUCACAAGGCUGUGUAAGCCCUUCAAGCUAAAGCCAAGGCUCAGGGAGCUAACGCAAGUCUUUAGGUCUCAGGCAGGGUUAUACUUAUUCACCAGACCACCUCGGUUACACAAAGGUGCACUCCUCUGUGUGUUAUUGUGUGACAGUGUGCGACCUCUGCUGCUACAAUUUGAAAUCUAAAUACUACUUUCAGUGAGGGCAGGUUUCUCUUUUCUAUAACGUGAACAUGUUGCAUCCCAAGGAUAGAAUUCUACUUUUGUAAAUGCAUUUGUGUGUGUUGACAUGUGUCUGUGUAUUUGCAGGUGCACUCUUCCCUGGCGGUGGGCACACCCGACUACCUGUCCCCAGAGAUCCUGCGUGCGGUGGAGGGAGGGGGAGGCUAUGGCCCUGAGUGUGACUGGUGGGCCCUGGGGAUCUGUGCCUAUGAGAUGCUGCAGGGGACCACACCCUUCUACGCAGAGUCCAUCUCUGAGACCUACGCCAAGAUCAUGAACUUCCAGGUACGAUGGUGACUUAAGACAGAAACUAAUUUGACAGAUUGAUCAAGAGAACAUGUUGAGGGUCAUCAGAACAUUUUCCAUAUGUUUCUGUAGAUAUCGGUGAAAAUAGUCAGGAAAUACGAGGAGGGAAGGAUGUUGAACAAGAGCUAAUAUUCAAUAGGGACUAGGGUACAAUCCCAAAUCAACCCAUAAACCCUACAGUUGUGGAGAUCUUAGAUUAGUAAAAGCAAUAUGGUGAAACUUCCACCUAGCUUCCACCUAUCGUCUACCUAUCAGAGGGCAAGGUAGAGCUAUUACAAAAUUGCUUACACCUGUCAAAACCAAUCAGAUCUCUGCAAGUGCAUAGGUCAUAGGGUUUAGGGGUCAAUUUGGGAUUGGUCCAUAGUGAUCUUUGUGACCAUUUUCUUAUACAUCUGCAAGGAGUGCAAAGAGGUAUAUAUUGGUCUCACACCUAAAGAACUCUGAAGAACUAAGAGGAACCAACCAUUUUGUCCCCCCAGGAGCACUUUGAGUUCCCCCCGUCUGGCCCCGAGGUUUCAGAUGAGGCCCGUUCCCUCAUCAUGGGGCUGAUCUGCGAGAGGGAGGAUCGUAUGGGAGCCAGGGGUUCUGGGGACUUUAGGGCCCACCCCUUCUUCUGUGGACUAGACUGGGGCUCCCUGCAUGAACUUCCAGCACCCUUCCAACCUGAAGUCUCCAACGCCACUGACACCUCCAACUUUGACGUGUUGGACGACUGCCUCAGUGAAAUGGUAUUAAUCCGAAAAGCCAAUAUACAAUCUACAAUCUAUAUACAAUCCAUUCAAAUGUAAAGGAGUCUAAUAUAGAGCCUUGAGGGACUCCAUAAAAUAUUACAUGGCUCCAGAAGCAAGCCUGAAAAGCAAAUAUAGCAGAUAACAUAUACCUGAGAUGCAUAUAAUGCACUCUAGUUGUAAUGCUGUCUUUUGUCCAACAGGAAACACUGAGUGAUGUUAUGGACAAGGCCCCUAUCGGAGUUCACCUGGCUUUCGUUGGCUACUCCUACACAGCUACAAGGUCACAUUCAUAUCAUAUACUGUCUCAGUAUCAAAGUACCCUAAAUUAAUGGGGUAUCAUACAAAACUAUGUCAAAACAGUUUUAAUGUUUUUUUUGUAUUUUGUUCUAUUUUUGUCUUUUUUUGUAUCUCUUACAGACAGACAGGUGCCUUGGAUCGCAGUCGUGACAUCAUGAUGGAGAUUGACCACCAGCGACACCAUGGGUUGCCAAGCUUCAAUUUCCAGGAUAAGCUGGUAGGUUGACUAUCCACACUAACAACUAGCUGAGUUAAGUUUUAACAAUCAAGACUAGAAUGCUAACUGCUAGAUUGGCUACUAAGGACAAUUUGAGUAGUCGGGUAACCGAUGUGGAACCGCUAGCUAGUUUACAUUUUACAUUUUAGUCAUUUAGCAGACGCUCUUAUCCAGAGCGACUUACAGUUAGCUGUAGGUUGGGACUCCCACUCUGUUACACAUAUGUUUCCAUUUGUUUAUGCAGGAAUGCUAACUGCUUUCCUCAUCUCGUGUGUCAGUCAGCUGUGACAAAAAUGCUUAGCGCUUCCUGAGCUAGCUGCAUCUUGAAUGUGUUUUGUGGCAUGUGUCAAACAGUUAGGCAUGCAAUAAAUAAUAACGGCUGCUAGAUCAGGUUAUGCUGAGCACAGGAGGUUGGUGGCACCUUAAUUGGGGAGGAUGGCUCGUGGUAAUGGCUGGAGCGGAAUAGGUGGAAUGGUAUCAACUACAUCAAACACAUGGUUUAUUGAUGUGUUUGAUGCCAUUCCAUUGGCUCUGUUCCAGCCAUUAUUAUGAGCCGUUCUCCCCUCAGCAGCCUCCACUGACGCUGAGGGCUACACUAUGUUUACCUUUAUCAGACCGUGUAUGUCUAACACUGAAGGGGGUGGUGUGGGCUUUCAGAGUCAGAUGUGGAAGCUCAGAGAUGUCCUGACAACGCCUGACAACCUGCCUGCCCUGCUUGAGCUCCCCCUAGCAUUGGAGCAGGGUACUGCAGAGUCCACUCACACAACGACAGAGGAGGAAGAGGAGGAGAAGGACCAGAAUUCAGUACUUGAUGAGGAUCUGCACAGGUUAGAUCACUCCUGAGUGAGACAGACAGACAGACAGACAGACAGACAGACAGACAGACAGACAGACACAGAAUGUAUAUUUUUUGGUAACUUUUUUUAAACAUUUAUGACGGCCUACCAAGAGGCAAAAGGCCUCCUGCGAGGACGCGGGUUGGGAUAAAAAAAAUAAAAAGUAGGACAAAACACAUCACGACAAGAGAGACACCACAACAAUACAUCAAGAGAGACCUAAGACAACAACACAACGUGGCAGCAGCACAACAUGGCAGCAGCACAAACAUGGUACAAACAUUGUUAGGCACACACAGGUGGAUGCCUAUGCUUUUAUUGCAGUAUUCCUUUACUGCUAAAAAUGGGUCUCCCUCACCUUUCCCUUUCAUACUUGACAGACUCAGCAGACAUAUGGGUAGCUCUGACUUCUAGGUACUGUACAUACAUGUAUAUUAUAGGUAGCUAAUACUAGCUAUAAUGUAAUGAUGCCAUUUGAUAUUUAGGUGAGUAUUCAUAGCCAAUACCAGAGCCCUUGUAUUCAAAGCUGACCAAUCAAUCCAAUCAUCUACGUAGGCGGCUGCAGGAGGCAGAGAAGAGGAACGGAGAGCUGGAGAAAGAGAUGGAGAGACUGAGGGGGGAGAUCCAGGGCCUGAAGUCCCCCAAGGAGACAGGCAAGGGACCCAGCACUCAUCCCUCCUCAUCUCCUCUUCAAAAAAAACCUCAUACAUGA